AUGAAAAUUUGCUUAACAAACUUAAACUAUAAUAUUGAUAAAGUAUCCAACACUUCAUAUCGUGUCAUGGAUUACCUCAAAUUAAAGGGUGUUGAGUGGUCUCAGGUGCACUUAGGUGCCAGCUUUUCAAGGGGAGAUUUAUUGCUGUUGAAAAAUUGGUUGUCUUUAGUUGACAGUGAACAAUUCUAA